ACACCUAGAUGAGGCAAGACCAGACAAAAAGGGAAAGGCUACAAGAAAAGGGACUGUGGAUUGGAAGGGAGAAGGAUGAGUUGCAGAGAGAGGCUCAGGAAGAAGGGAAAGAAGAGGAUGUACCCUCGAAGAAUCUGGGAAGCAAGCCCAAAACUUUUCCCAAGGACAGAAGAAGGGGGGCAAAUCAGGCAGUGGAAGAGGAAGAGAAGGGGAAAAAGGAGGCAGCAGUGAAGCUGAAGAAAGGUCAAGGAGGGAAUCAAGCACCAAGAGUUAAAAAAAGUGAAGAAAAAAAGUCAGUUGAGGAUGGUGGAAAAUGAGUUGAGAUAAGAGGAAGAGAGAAGAAAGGGAGAGUAGAAAAUAAUAAGCAAGUGGAAGAAGAAAAAGGGGAGGAAACAAAGGUGGCAUGUGAAGAGUCAUCCCAGAAAGGGAAGAAAGCAAAAGAAGGGCAAAUAAGCAAAGAAGAAAAAGUUUAGAGAGAGAAAAGGAAAAAAGGGUGGAGAGAUUAUGUAAUCAAGAUGCUCCAACAUGAUGAUCUGCCUGUGAAUUCUUCUUGGGAUGCGAGAUUUGAAAGAGUGUUGCUCUUCGAGAUGGUGGUAAGUUUCAAACACUCCACCAACAUGCAUAAAUUAAUGGGAUUGCAUGAGAUGUUGGAUGAGAAGUGCACCAGAGUUUUUGAGAAGUAUGCGCAAGUGGCAAGGAAACUGGGGGAGAUGAAGAGAGGAAGAGAUGAGAAGGAACUUGGAGAGGAUUUGGAUGCAUUGGGGAAAGAGCUUCAGUCAGAGCUCAAGGAAAGCACUGAGCUCUUCACCCAAGGGUUUGUGGAUUAUAUCCCUGAGCUCUUGAAGAAGAUGAGCAGGCUAAGGAAAAAGGAAGAGGAAAGGGAUGCCCAGGUAACAAGUUUGACAGAGAGUUUGGAAGGGAUGAGAAAGGAAGUGGAGGACUUGAAGAAGGGGAAUGAGGAGUUGUUAAAACAAGUAAGUACAUUGGAGGUUUCCCUGACCCAUAAAAGCAAGGAGUUGAAAGAUGAAGUGGCAGAGACGGAAAGUAGGAAAGAAAGUUAAAAGUUUGUGUUCAAGGAUCAGUGAGCAAGGGGAAGAUCUAGAACAAGAAAUUACUGAAAGGGAAAAAAUGUGUCAGAUAUGGGAAAAGAGAUGGGGUGAGAUAUUGAAAGGGAUAGAAGAGCUCAAAUUAAACUACCAGGAGAUCACAAGAGUGAUGGAGUGGAAAAAUGAGGAAGGGUUUGAGAUUAACAUGGCAGAAGGAGAAAGGAAGAUUCCUCUGUCAAGAGAAAAAGAAGGAAGGAAGGGUGAGCAGGUUGUUGGAAAGGGAGAACCCUCCAACAAGAGGCCACAAGAAAAACCAAGGGUUCAAGGGUCUCCUGCCUCAGAGGAAGAGAAGAGUGAAUGUUUGGCUUUGCCUCAAAAGAGGAGCAUCAAAAGGAAUGAACAGCCUGGAAUGAA